AUGGAAAGAGGUGAAGGGAGCCGCAAGUUUCCUGGCGGAGAAGAACCUAACACCAAAAACGCCUCUAACAACGAUAAUUCUCCUGCUGAUGUUGGACCUAGUAGUGGUCCGUUGAAAAGAGGACGUGGCCGACCUAAGGGCUCGCAAAACUCCAAGAAGUCGAAGCAGAGUGACAGACUGAUAAAAUGGGUUCCUCUCUUUCAAGGCAGUAUUAAUAAAGUAAAUCAAGAAACCGGAAACGAUGAACUUGUGAGUAGCUUGAUGAUGCGAUUCAACGCUGUAAGAAGGCGUCUGAGCCAAGUUAAGAAUGUCCGAGUCCCCAUUGGUACUAACUUCAUGAAAGUUGAAGACAGCGGAGAGGAGAAAAGAUUAGCUAUUAGUGUUGUCUCUUCGGGAAAGAAUGCUGACGAAGCUCAAGAUCCCGAUAGCUUGAUCUAUACAGGGUUUGGUGGUCAAGAAUCUGAUCAGAAGCUUGAUAGGAUGAAUCUUUCGUUAGAGGAAGCUCUGAAGAAAAAAAGUGUUGUAAGGGUUAUAAGAGCCGUGGAAGAUGAAAAAAGGUCGCAAGGUAAUGUAUACAUAUACGAUGGGCUUUAUUCCAUCACAGAAAUGUGGGAAGAGAAAAGUUCAAGUGGUUUCAAGGUAUUCAAAUUCAGAUUGGUGAGGCAGGCUGAUCAGAAACCCGCCUUUGGACUAUGGAAAUCGAUAGAGCAAUGGAAGAAAGAGUUGGUUACAAGACCAGGUCUUGUUCUUGAAGAUCUCUCUAAUGGAGCUGAGAAUCUAAAGGUUUCUCUGGUGAAUGAAGUUGAUGACGAGAAGGGUCCUUCCUCUUUUAGUUAUAUCACUUCUCUGAAGCACACAGUCAUUGAUGUUCCACCUAUGGUUGAUUUAUGCACUUGUCGACCUAAAUCCUGUUGUUCGAGGGAUGAUUUCUCUGAGGUGAUUAGUCGUCCUGCUAUACCGUUUUUGAUAAGUGCAAAGAAAUCAGGAAAUGUGGCUCGUUUUAUGAACCAUAGUUGCUCUCCCAACGUUAUGUGGCAACCAAUUUCUCGUGAAGAAAAGGGUGUAUGGUGUAUUCACAUUGGGUGUUUCGCUAUAAAGCAUAUUCCUCCAUUAAUGGAGUUGACGUAUGAUUAUGGAGCAUUUACAGGAUAUGGGAAGAGGAAAACUUGUCUAUGUAGAUCAAAGAAAUGCAGUGGCUCAUUUUGA